UUAUUCCUUACCAGAGAGUAGCCGACAGCUCCUCUUCUUGAAUCUUGACUUCCUCAGUUCCUCUUCCUCAGACCUCAGUUCCUUUCCUCUUCCUCAGACCUUAGUUCCUCUCAGUUCCUCUUCCUCAGACCUCAGUUCCUCUUCCUCCGACCGAGUUCGUCAGUUCGUAAGUUCCUCUUCCUCAGUUCCUCCAAGGCUCCAACCCGAUUAGCUCCAGAUCACCCACAUAAAGAGGUAAUUGAAGUAAUCGGAAGACCGGAACUUCGUAAGAGAUCAUUGAAUGGCAAAAGUCUGAAAUCUUUCCAAAUCGUGUCAUUCCUGUAUUGAAUACAAUGACGGAUCACCGAAAACCCAAGCGGUAUAAAAAUCUUCUUUCAUGGUUUACAAGUGAUACUCCAUCUAGUGGUAGCGGGAAUGAGAUUGGGAGUGGGAGUGGGAGUAGAAAUGUGACUGAUAAUUCUGUGAAUGAUGUCCUUUUAAACUCUUGUCCAUCUAGUCCGGUAGAAGAGUGUGGUAAUGAUAGAGUUGAGACAGAAGUGAGUUUUGAUGUUACUUCUCUUGAACGUGAUCCUGGAAUACGACGUCUAAUAUGCAAGUAUCCUUUGAAUGAGCGUGACAAUAUUCGAAGAGCUUAUGUGGUCUUAGGACCAUAUCAACCCCAAUUAAGUAGUUAUCCAUCUUCUUGGGAUGGAGGUCAAGGUCGAAAAUUUUGUCAUAAAUGGUUCAAAGAUUGGCAUUGGCUUGAGUAUUCCAUAGAGUUGGAUAAAGCAUAUUGCUUCCCUUGUUUCUUAUUUGAUAGUUAUCCAUCCCAUCAUCCAGCAUUCACUGAAUAUGGGUUUCAAGGUUGGAAGAAUGUUAUGUCCAAACAAUCUGGCAUUUUGGGUCAUGUGGGAGGCGUUAAUUCCCCACAUAAUACUUGCAUGCAUAAGUGGGAUACACUAAGAAACCCAUCUAAUCAUAUUGAAAGAGUGAUUAGCACACAAUCAUCACAAGAAGUAGCAAAUAACCGACUUCGGCUUAAUUCUACUAUAGAGAGUGUAAGGUUGUUGGCAAACCAGGGAUGUGCUUUUAGAGGUCAUGAUGAAUCGGCUAAUUCAUCCAAUGGUGGCAAUUUCAAUGCGGUUUUGCAAGCCUUUGGAAGAGUUAAUUUAGAAGUCCACAAAGUCUUACAUAAUGCUCCUGGGAAUGCCAAGUAUAUUUCUCCAAUUAUUCAAAGACAAAUCCUAAAUAUUCUUGGUAACAAAGUUAGAACCAAGAUUCGUGAGGAAGUGGGAGAUGCUAAAUUUUGUAUCCUUGUUGAUGAAGCGGUUGAUGUGUCUAAUAGAGAACAAAUGGCUAUCAUUCUUCGAUUUGUUGAUUGUGAUGGGUUUAUUAGAGAACGAUUUUUCAAAGUUAUUAGUGUUGCAGACACUUGUUCUCAAACUCUUAAAAAUGAGAUAUCCAAAGUCCUUGCCCAAUAUGAUCUUCAAGUAGAAAAUAUGUGUGGCCAAGGUUAUGAUGGCGCUAGCAACAUGCGGGGUGAAUUUAAUGGUUUACAAGCUUUGUUUCGUGAAGAGUGUCCAUAUGCAUAUUAUGUGCAUUGCUUUGCUCAUCGCUUACAAUUGACUUUAAAUGCCGCAGCUAAAGGAGUGCAUGAUAUUUGGCAAUUCUUUUCAACUCUAAAUGUGAUUGUUAAUUUUGUUGAUUCUUCUGCAAAACGGCAUUCAGCAUUAAGAGUCAUCAGAGAAGAAGAAAUUGCAGAUUUAGUGGCUGCAGGUACCCUUGAGACAGGUACAGGGGCUAAUCAAACUUGCACUUUGCAACGAGCAGGAGCUACUCGUUGGGGCUCACAUCUUCGCUCUAUUUCAAGUUUGAUCAAGUUAUUUGGAGCUACUCAAAAAACUCUUGCAGAUUUGGUUGCAAAUGGACCAAAUAAAUUACAAGGAGAAGCAAGGAGUGUAGGUAGGGCUAUGAAGCGUUUUGAUUUUGUGUUUUGCUUGCUUUUGAUGCAUGAUGUCAUGAAGAUUACUGACUUUUUUUGUCAGUCAUUGCAAAAAAAAGUCAUAGACAUCUUGAAUGCUCUAAAUUUUCUUUCAAUAACAAAAUCAAAACUUCAAGAUAUGAGAGAAGAUGGUUGGGAUGAUUUGAUUAUGAAGGUUGAAUCAUUUUGUUGUGAGCAUGAUAUUGUUAUGCCAGAUAUGUCUGCUCCUUACAAUAAAGGUACAGAGCGGGCUUGUGAACAAAAUAUUACAAAGGAGCAUUUUUAUCAGGUCAAUAUACUUAAUGUUGUAAUAGACUUUCAGUUGGCAGAGCUGGAUAGUAGAUUUACAGAUAAGUCAUUGAAGCUUCUUGUUCUUAGUGCUACAUUUGAUCCACGUGAUAAUUUUCAGUCAUUCAGAUCUGAAGAUGUUUGCAAUCUUGCUUUGAAGUUUUAUCCUAUGGAUUUUUCAUCAUCUGAUAUGCUUGCUCUAGAUAUGGAGUGUGGAUAUUUUCUAACAGAUAUUCAGAGGGAUCCAAGAUUUGCCAAGACAACUUCUGUGUCUGAUUUGUGUCGGCGGUUAGUUGAAUCAAGAAAGUCAGCAUUCUUUCCUAUGAUUUAUAGAUUGAUUUGUCUUGUGUUGGCUCUGCCAGUUUCUACAGCAACAACAGAGAGAGCAUUUUCGGCUAUGAACAUCAUCAAAAAUAAACUUAGAAAUAAGAUGGAAGAUGACUUUCUUGAUGAUUUGAUGGUUCUCUCCUAUGAUUUAUAGAUUGAUUUGUCUUGUGUUGACUCUGCCAGUUUCUACAGCAACAACAGAGAGAGCAUUUUCGGCUAUGAACAUCAUCAAAAAUAAACUUAGAAAUAAGAUGGAAGAUGACUUUCUUGAUGAUUUGAUGGUUCUCAACAUUGAAAAAGAAUUUGCUGAUAGUAUUGACAAUGAUUCUGUGAUUGCUAAGUUUGAAAUGAGUGGACCUCGGAGGGUACGAUUUAGUUAGUUUUUAUUAUUUUACAACAAGUUUAUGCUUGUAACUUUUAAUUUAAGGGGUUUUGGUUUUAUGUC